AGGGGGCGGAGCUUGGAGGUAAGGGAGGGUAUCAAGGAGGAGAGACAGCUUUUUACCUUGGAGUAUCGAUGACAUCAGCCACCUCCUAUUCAACUCUCGAGCGUGCAGCUGACGAACGCCUGUGCAGGAAAAUGGGGGCGCGGAGAUAACGGUGUCGAAGAGAGGUUUAACCUGCAACUCCAGAAGCUUUGAGUCACUGUCUCAGUCUCUGUCUCGGGCUCCGGAUACGCGGAAUUACGAUCCAGAGCCGCUCACGCUGAGGGACAUGAAGCGCGAGCGCACAUGAAUUGGUCCCAACGCUGCAAACGGAGCGACAACAAAAGGCAUUCAGGCUCAAACUUCUGAGGAUCACCCCACCAGGACAUGAAUCUAAAGCGGGUUUAAAAAGACAGCGUGUGUGCCUGGACGAUCGUGUGUGCUUCCCAGUCAUGGCUCCUGGCUCGGUGGAGGUGUAUCCCUCUGCCCUUUUGCUCCUGCUGGCCCUCCUGUUCUCCUCGCUAUCCAGCACCUGCCAUGCCUUAUCUUCCCCCAAGUUCACAAAGAUCCCAACAGAUCAGAGAGGAGUGUCCGGUGGUGUGGUGUCCUUCGUGUGUCAAGCCACAGGCGACCCGAAGCCACAGGUCAUCUGGAACAAAAAGGGCAAAAAGGUCAACUCUCAGAGGAUAGAGACCAUAGAGUUUGACGAAGGAGCAGGAGCGGUACUUCGUAUCCAACCACUGCGAGCGCCACGAGAUGAGAAUGUUUUCGAGUGUGUGGCCCGGAACAGCGAGGGCGAAAUCGCAGUCACCUCCAAGCUGUCCAUUGUCAGAGAGGACCAGCUGCCGUUUGGCUUCCCCAGUAUAGACAUGGGUCCCCAGCUGAAGGUGGUGGAGAGAACACGCACUGCCACCAUGCUCUGCGCUGCUAGUGGCGACCCUGAUCCAGAGAUCUCCUGGUUCAAAGACUUCCUUCCUGUGGAGCCGGCGCUCAGCCAGGGCCGUAUUAAACAGCAGCGAUCAGGUGCCUUGCUGAUCGAGCGGAGCGAGGAGACAGACCAGGGGAAAUACGAGUGUGUAGCGUCGAACUCGCAAGGAGUACGCUACUCCUCCCCGGCCAAUCUCUACGUGAGAGGUACGGAUUACAUUCGUCGAGUACCGCCCCGUUUCACCAUCCUGCCCUCGAGUCAUGAGAUCAUGCCAGGAGGAAGUGUGAAUAUCACAUGCGUAGCAGUGGGUUCCCCCAUGCCCUAUGUGAAAUGGAUGCUGAAUACCGAAGACCUGACGUCUGAAGAAGAGAUGCCGGUCGGACGGAAUGUUCUGGAGUUGAAUGGUGUCCAUGAGUCAGCCAACUACACCUGCGUGGCCAUGAGCAGCUUGGGGCUUAUAGAAGCUGUGGCUCAGGUCAUCGUUAAAUCAUUACCCAGAGCUCCCGGCACCCCUAUUGUGACAGAGACAACGGCCACAAGCAUCACCAUCACCUGGGACUCUGGUAACCCAGACCCCGUGUCCUAUUAUAUCAUCCAAUACCGGGCGAAAUCACCAGACAGCAAGUUCGAGACGGUGGACGGCAUAACAACGACACGCUACAGUAUCGGUGGCCUCUACCCCAACACUGAGUACGAGAUCCGUGUCUCGGCGUUCAACACCAUUGGCCAAGGCCCACCCAGCAACAAGGUGGACGCUAGGACCGGGGAGCAGGCACCAGCCAGCCCGCCCCGGAACGUCCAGGCUCAAAUCAUCUCACCCAGCGCAGUAACUGUCAGGUGGGAGGAGCCUGAAGAACCCAACGGCCAGAUAAAGGGCUAUCGAGUUUACUACACCAUGGACCCAUCGCAGCCAAUGAGCAACUGGAAGAUCCAUAAUGUUCAGGAUAGUGUGAUCACCACCAUCCAGAGCCUGGCUCCAUCUGAGACCUAUACCAUCCGUGUGCUGGCAUUUACCUCUGUGGGAGAUGGACCCUUCUCUGACUCAGUGCAUAUUAAAGUCCUGCCUGGGGUCCCAGGCCAGCCGGGGAAGUUCCGGGUGGGCAAAGUGAGAGAUACGAGCAUCGAGCUGAUGUGGGAUCCACCGUUCUCUAAAGAGCCCAUCAAAAGCUACGAGCUCAUUUACAGAGCUGCCAAACACGGAGCGCAGGAGAAAAAGGCCUUCGAGCCCAGGUCCUUGUAUGUUGUCGAGGGUCUCCGAGCAAACACUGAGUACAUCUUCUCUCUGGCGGCCAUUUCCAGCAAAGGCAUCGGAGCCUUCACCAAUGAGAUCUUCCAGCGCACUGCACAAGCCAAUGUGCCCAGGAACUUCUCUGUGAAUCUGGCGACCAAGACAAGCGUGUUGCUGACGUGGGAGUUUCCGGAGAGCAGCUCACCUUACCGCUUUACUGUGGAGUACAACCGUCAGAAGAUGGAGGUGGAUGCUCGAUUGAGGAAGGCCGUGAUCCCCAACCUGAUGCCUGACACCAGCUAUGAUUUUAAAAUCACCAGUCCCGAGGGCAACCUGGGAGGCCUGAGACACCGCAUCCAUGCCAAAACCUCACCUCCCAUGGUCAUCAAUCGGCCUGAGAUCGAUCACAGCCGUGACACUGAGACCACCGUCACCAUCAUACUGCCGUCACUGGACACCAGGAACAAUGUUAGGAAUAUCUAUGUGGUGGUGGUUCCACUGAAGAGAGGCCGAGGAGGGAACCGACAUCUAAAGAGCCCAGAUGAAAUGGACUUGGAAGAGCUGUUGAAGGACAUUAGCCAGAAGCAGCAUGACCCACGGCAGAGGCAAGUGGACUUGCGUCGUGCCUACAUCACCGCCCGCUUCACUCCCUCCACCCUGCCUGCAUUCUUCACUCUUGGGGACCAGCUGGACUAUGGUGGCUUUGAUAACCGUGCUCUGGAGUCUGGCCAGGAGUACGUCUUCUUUAUCCUCGCUGAACUCAACUCCACCACUGGGAAGAUGUUCGUUGCCAGCCCCUACACUGACCCGGUCAUUGCACCUGACUCAGACCCCCAGCCUCUGGAUGCUGGAGAUGGCCUCAUCUGGGUGGUUGGACCUGUCCUGGCUGUAGUCUUCAUCAUCUGCAUCGUCAUCGCUAUUCUGCUGUACAAGAACAAGCGCAAAGACUCCGAGCCUGGCACCAAGUGUUUACUGAACAACGUUGAAAUGAUGGCUCAUCACCCCACCGACCCUGUCGAGAUGAGACGCAUGAACUUCCAGACACCAGGCAUGAUGAGUCACCCGCCCAUCCCGAUCUCCGAGCUGGGAGAACACACAGAGCUUCUGAAGGCCAACGACAACCUCCGGCUCUCCCAGGAGUACGAGUCCGUUGAUCCCGGGCAGCAGUUCACAUGGGAGCACUCGAACCUGGAAGUGAACAAGCCAAAGAACCGCUAUGCUAACGUCAUUGCCUACGAUCAUACCAGAGUCAUCCUCGCACCAGUGAAUGGCAUUAUAGGUAGCGACUACAUCAACGCAAACUAUAUUGAUGGCUACAGGAAGCAGAAUGCGUACAUCGCCACUCAGGGCCCGCUGCUAGAGACGUUCGGAGACUUCUGGAGGAUGGUGUGGGAGCAGAGAGCUGCUUCCAUAGUUAUGAUGACUAAACUGGAGGAGAAAUCACGGAUAAAGUGUGAUCAGUACUGGCCCAGCAGAGGCACAGAAACGUACGGCUUGGUGCAGGUCACUCUGCUGGACACCAUGGAGCUCGCCACAUUCUGCGUGCGGACCCUCUCACUGCACAAGAGUGGCUGUAAUGAGAGGAGAGAGGUGAGACAGUUCCAGUUCACGGCAUGGCCUGAUCACGGUGUGCCCGAGUAUCCCACUCCAUUCUUGGCUUUCCUGCGCAGAGUUAAAGCCUGUAAUCCUCCAGAUGCAGGGCCUAUCAUCGUUCACUGCAGUGCGGGUGUAGGACGUACAGGCUGCUUCAUCGUGAUCGAUGCAAUGCUGGAACGUAUCCGUCACGAGCGCACCGUGGACAUCUAUGGUCAUGUGACGCUGAUGCGCUCUCAAAGGAAUUACAUGGUGCAGACAGAGGAUCAGUACAGCUUCAUUCAUGAGGCCCUGCUGGAGGCUGUCACCUGUGGCAACACCGAGGUAGCAGCACGCAGCCUCUACUCCUACAUGCAGAAACUGGCACAGGUGGAGAGCGGCGAGCACGUCACAGGCAGGGCACUGGAAUUUAAGCGCCUGGCGAACACUAAAGCUCACACCUCCAGGUUUGUGACAGCCAACUUGCCCUGCAACAAGUUCAAGAACAGGCUGGUAAACAUCAUGCCAUAUGAGACCACCCGUGUGUGCCUGCAGCCAAUCAGAGGCCUCGAUGGCUCUGACUACAUCAAUGCCAGCUUUAUUGAUGGAUACAGGCAGCAGAAGGCAUAUAUCGCCACACAAGGUCCUUUAGCGGAGACCACAGAGGAUUUCUGGAGGAUGCUGUGGGAGCACAACUCCACCAUCGUGGUCAUGCUUACCAAACUGAGAGAAAUAGGGAGGGAAAAAUGCCACCAGUACUGGCCUGCAGAACGCUCCGCCCGCUACCAGUACUUUGUGGUGGACCCCAUGGCUGAGUACAACAUGCCUCAGUAUAUCCUGAGAGAAUUCAAAGUUACAGAUGCAAGAGAUGGACAGUCACGAACAGUCAGGCAGUUCCAGUUCACUGAUUGGCCCGAACAGGGAGUGCCAAAAUCAGGAGAGGGCUUCAUCGAUUUCAUUGGGCAGGUGCAUAAAACCAAGGAGCAGUUUGGGCAGGACGGGCCAAUCUCUGUCCACUGCAGUGCGGGCGUGGGUAGGACAGGUGUGUUCAUCACUCUCAGUAUUGUGCUGGAGAGGAUGCGUUAUGAAGGAGCUGUGGACAUCUUCCAAACUGUCAAAAUGCUGCGCACACAACGACCAGCCAUGGUGCAGACGGAGGAUGAAUACCAGUUCUGUUACCAGGCCGCCCUCGAGUACUUGGGAAGCUUCGAUCACUAUGCAACAUAAAAGGAGGGAGAACACAUUCAUCUCACCAAACACCUGUCUAAAUGUUUUACAACGCUACAGAAAUUCUCUUGUUCCAUGAUGCCAUUGGGAAGGGGAACGUUUUGAAAUACGAUGACACCGAAAACUAUUUUGGAGGAGGAAAAAAAAAAACAACAACAAAAUGACAAACAAAAAAGUUUUCUCUCAAGAGCUUCCCAGGGAAGUUCUGUAUCACAGCAAGCUUAUUACCUCAGUGUUCAGUUAUUGAUAUUAAUGUUGUGGUCGCCUUUUUAGAAAUAUUACAACGUGGAUAAAUAAAUGAAUCUUUCAAAACAACAAAAAAAAUACGAUAUGUAAAAAAAAAACAAAAAACAACAAAACAAACAAACAAUGAAAUCAAAUGCCUGGAAAAUUGCUGCACUCUUCACUGGGAGUUUAACCCGAACUGUACUUGCCAAUGAAAAGAUCAGAGAUGAACUCCAGUCAGCUCCUGUAUGACGAAGGUUUUCGGUACCGUAGAGGAAGCAGAACUUGUACCUUCUGUGCCUAAGGGAGCAACAACAGCAGAGGGUCAAAGGUUAUGGAUGCUCUUGGUUCCAGAGGCAAACGGCUGUAUCACUGACUCUUCUUACACUAUGUUAGUAAUGUGAUAUAAUCAGCUUCAGUGUCUCUUUUACUCCUGGUCAGUUGGAGCGCUAUUGUGAUUGAACCUUGCCUUUGAAGAGCUGUCAGAUACGUCUGUAGAUUUUGUCGGUUUUCGACAGAGCGCCUGUGAAUACUGUUAUUCUGAUGUGUGUCACACUUUCUCUUUCUUUCUCUUUCUCUCUGUCUCUUUCUCCACAAAUAUGCUGCUUAUAUACCCUGUGUGUGAGAAGAAAAUAUGAGUUAGCAACGGCUUAAAUUUAGUCAUUUUCUGAAAAUGUCGAAAAGUGGAGCUUUUUUGUUUACAAGAUCCAAGACUGGAGAUCAAGGAGCUGGUUUGUUUGGGCCCGAUAAAGACUGUAUACAUACAAUACGCCCUUAUUCUGUUCUGACAUACUGUAAACAUUAGGGGCAGUAAUGAUCAUAACAUGACCAUAUAUACUUAUACCUUGGCAGCAAAUAUAAAGCUGAAGUAUUUCUAAUUCUAACGCUCCUGCCAACUCUAAAGGUCUCAAGAAGAUUCAUCUCGCAAGUAAAUUUCAUAGCAUUCUAGUGUUUGUACUAAAAAUCUAAAAAGUUUCGUAAAGUUGAAUAAAAACCCUUGCCAAAAGCGACGACUGACUGGAGAAGCCAGUACAAGUCAAUUAUUCCAGUUGUUCUCUCGCUUAAUUAAACUGAGCUAGAAUAAAUUGUUAUGUUCUUGUUUAGUGGAGGAGUCGUGUGUAGACAUAGCACAAAUGAGUUUCAUAGGAAUAGUUGCAGAGGAUUUAGCACAAGCCGUCUGAAAUGGAGGAAGACGGACGACAGUUUUCGUAGGUCUGAUACUCUUCUCGUCCCGAGACUAAAAGUGAGCCUUAUUGUCGUCGUCAAAUAUUUAACCAACAUGAUUUUUUAUUUGGUUUUGCUGAUAUUAUGCUUGUAUUUUUAAUAAUAUUUAUAUCAUUUUUUGGAGUACUUGCUGGAAUAUAAUCGACGAGAUGUUGUGUAGUUGGCAAGCUAACGUGACAUGGUCCCUCUGUACGUUUUUUUGAUAUUUCCUGUACAAUUCUCUCUUAGAGCAUCCUGUAGGAACAGAACAGCACAAGGCCUGGAACAAGCUUGUUCCUAAAAAAAAAAGAAUUAGAAGAAAAAAAAGAAAAGCAGAACAAUCUCCCAAAAAGGGCCAAACAAUCUGUCCUAAUUUUAUUAAAUGACCAUGUGCCCUGCUUCUUGUCAGAAAGAUCAGCUCUCCAAAGAGUCAGUACUAUAAAUACAAUUCUCCUGCUGAUAAUAAUGAUUACUCCAAAACAAAUGAUGACCACUUACAAGUAUUGGAGAGAGAUUAAGGGACGUUAAAAUGACCACAACGACUAUUAGAGCCUAUUCUUUUAAGCACAUACUGAUGGAGUACUGAUGUUAUUUUAACUUAUAUUUAUUACCCUUUAUUAUCCAAUCUACUUAUUUAUAUUAGAUUACGGCUGAUGUUUGUUGAUAUAUAUGGAAAUGGUUAUGGUGAAAUUGCACAAUAGACAACAUUAUGAUCAAAAUAGCUCUGUAUCAAUGGAGCAUAUGUUCAAAUGCACUUUGCAGUAUAAAAUGGGCUGAAGUGGUAAAGGAGAGAAACUUUUCUUUUCAUCCCUCAAGGUAAAGCACAUCUGAAAGACUUACAACUGAUUAUGUAACAACCUUAAAAGUACACACACACAAAUAUAUAUAUAUAUAUAUAUAUAUAUAGCCAGCUUUGACAUAUCUUACAAAUGUUACAGCACACACAGUGCCCCUAGAAAGUAUUCACCUCCUAGUGAUUCGUUCUCUUUUUGCUGUGUGCCAACAUCAAAUUUAAGUAUGUCUCUAUGAGCUUUGCACAUUUUGAUUUUGGCAUUCCUCAAUACAAAUUUUCUCAGACGCUCCCAAAUUAAACGGAGAACGUUGGCUGACAGCAAUUUUCAGGUCAUGGCACAGAUUUUCAAUUGGGAUUUAAAUAUAGUCUUUGACUCGGUCAGUCUAAAACACAAUCCUUCUGUUUUCAAGCCAUUCUUUUGUAGUUUUUGCCCUUAGAGACAGCUCUCUGGCUGACUAGAACAGGUUCUCCUCAAGAAUCUGCAUGUAUUUAGCUCUGUCUAUGUCGCCCUUGGUGGCAACAAGAUUUCCACGUCCUGCUUCUGAAAAGCAACCCCAGAGCAUGAUGCAACCACCACGGGCCUUGAUGAUAGGAAUGGUGUUACAUGGGUAUUGGUCUGUAUUUGGUCUGUGAUAACAUAAUGCUUUGCUUUUAGUACAAAUGCUUCAAAAUCGUUUUUGGAAAGCUUUCAGAUUGUGUCCCAUGCCUUCAAGCAAACUCCAGGCAUUUUAUUUUAUGUUAGCCUCUCUCAGAAGUGGUUCCAUCUGGCCACUGUCCUACAGGUUCUCCUAUUUAACCUAGUGAGCUGUGUAACACUUUCAGUGUUGUAGCUGGCCUCUUGGACUCUGACAAUUGCCCUUUUUGUGCCUGUGUGCUCAAUUUGGAAGAAUGUCCUGUUCUUGGUAGUGCUUGGGCUGUGCCAUAUUUUUCCCACUUUGUUAUAAUGGAUUACACAGUUCUCAUAGGAAGUUUUAAAGCGCUAUCCUUCUCCAUCUUUUUUUCCUACUAACAACUACAUCUUGAAGUUUCAUGGGCAGUUCUUUGGUCCUCAUGACAGCAGGACUGAUCUGAUCGGAUCUGACAUUCUAUCCCUGAGACCUCCCAAAGUCAGUGGUAUUUAUUGUGCAAGCAUACAAUUGGACACAGGUGGAUUUAAAAAGAAUGCAGGUGUACCUUAUUUAGCAUAUUUAGUGUGAGGGCUAGUAUUUAGUGUGACGGCUAAAUACUAGUUCUAGUCUAGACUGUUAAAGGAAAUAGGGGUGAAUACUCAUCAAUUAAGCAGUAAUUCUGAGACCAUUAAAAUAAUGUAUUUCAUUUUAUUUCUGUAGAGAGUCACUUCAAAAGAAGCGGAAAAUAAAUCGCAUUCUGAUAUACUUACAUUUCCUGUUGCAAUACAGCAAAAAGAGAACUAAUCACUAGGGGUGAAUACUUACUGAUGGCACUGUAAAAGAGGGAAAAUAAAGCAGGAUAACUACAGAAUGUAGACAAAAAUGUACCCCAAGAUUUUAAUACAUUGCAAGAUAUUCAGGCCAAGUGCUAACAAGUGUUCACACUUUCAACCUCUUACUUCUCUCUGCUGAUUUAUUUGAAAUCAUAUAUGUAGAUAUGUUGACUUUGUAAUAAAAACAGAAAGACUGGA